AGAUCCUCUUCCUCCGAGAUUCCGACGGCCGGGUCUUGUUUCUGGCCGGAAGUCAAUUUCCUCGCGGCAGCGUCUGGUGUCCUAGAAACGGCCCGGCGGCCGAGAGCGGGAGACGGUUGACAGGAUGCUGAACGCGGAUCGCCUCUCUCAGCCGGGGCUCGAUUAUCUGGCCCAAAGGCACGUCAUUACUUAUAUGGAAGAUGCCGUGAGUCAGCUACUAGAAAGCAAGGAAGAUAUUGGUCAAUAUGGCAUUGCCAGAUUCUUCACUGAAUACUUUAAUAGUGUGCGUCAAGGAACUCAUAUUUUGUUCCGAGAGUUCAACUUUGUCCAAGCUACACCCCAUAAUAGAACAUCCUUUCUAAGGACCUUUUGGCGAUGCUUCAGGACAGUGGGGAAAAAUGGAGACUUGCUGACCGCCAAGGAGUACCACUGCUUAUUGCAACUGCUUUGCCCUGACUUUCCUGUGGAGGUUACUCAGAAAGCAGCAAGGAUUGUUUUAAUGGAUGAUGCUGUGGACUGUUUGAUGUCUUUUUCAGACUUCCUGUUUGCCUUCCAGAUCCAGUUUUACUACUCAGAGUUUAUUGAAAAUGUGGCUGCCAUCUAUCAAGAGCUCUUGACAGGUAAAAAUCCAAACACCGUGAUUGUGCCUACGUCGUCUUCUGGGCAGCAUCGUUCACGUCAAGCUCUCAAUGAGUGCAGUCCAGUCGAUGGAGUGGAGGCAUCUGCAUUUUACCAGUGCCUUGAAUCAUUAUGUGACAAAUCUAAAUACAGCUGCCCCCCAGCCACUGUUCUCAAGGAAAUUCUGAGCAAUGUGCAGAGAGUAACUUUCUAUGGAUUUCUGAUGGCUCUUGCAAAGCAUCAUGGGAUCAACAAAGCUCUUGGAGCUCUUCCUGAGAAAGCAGAGCAAAACGCAGCCCACUAUUCUAAAAUGGUGCAUCACACUGGUUCCUUAAGGCAGUAA